AUGAAGCCUGUGCUGCUGCUUCAGCUCCUGCUGUUGACUCGUCUAGCCCCGCAGCUGGUGCCUGGAAGUCCCAAGCAACGUUCUACGAAGUACAUCUUGGAACCUCCACCCUGCCGAUCAGACCCUGAAAACUGUACUCAAUUCUGCACAUUGCAGAAAGAUUGCCAGAAAGGACUGCAGUGCUGUUCUGCCUUCUGCGGGACAGUCUGUACAUCCAAUAAAGAUGUGAACCACAAAAGGUAA